AUGGCACCAAAGAAGAGCAAGAAGAAGAGAACGAAGAUGAACGUGAAUGCGCCUGUUGCUUCGGGCACGUUGCGCGGUGAACAAGUGUCUAGCGCGAUCGAUGCCACGAAGAAUACUGCUCUACUCGAAGAUGUGUUGAAGGCGAAUGGAGAGGAGCACCUCUACGACACGAUCAAGCAACUAUCUGUUCACGUGGAAGACGACCCGCCCGUGAUAUUUGGAUGGCAAAACGUGGAGGUCUUUGUUGAAGCUAUCCGGGAUGCUCAAGAGCAAGCGAAUGCACCAGGAGUUGCGCCACUACCACCUGAUCCACUUGGUCUUCCUGCGGCGUUGACGUUGCAGAACUUCAAGGAAGCCGUGCUCGAUUAUGCAAGGAUCCAAGAAGCUCCUCCUCGUCUCGACACCACGUGUCUUCCAUGCUCGUUGAUGCAGAGCCAUCAUGUGGUAUGUAUGCUGCGGAGUCUCGACUUCAACCCGUGGAUCCAGCGCAUCAUUGCCGCGUCGUGCACUGCGCCUCUGAUCCUCCCUGAGCGCUUUUACAAAGCUUACGGGAAGAAAGCCAUGGACCUGGCGUUUCUCUGCUUGGACGAAUCUAUCCAAAGUUGCUUGCCCCUCCAUCUCGCUAUCUUCGAAGGCGACGCCACGCGCGUUCGACAGUGGCUUGUUUGCAAACCCUUGUGGUUGACAGAGCGCGCGUUGGAUUGUGCUGCAUUCCACGGACACGUCCAUAUCGUCCAGUUGUUGCAUUCGUACGGCUCCAUGGCGACAACAGAUGCGAUGGAUCUGUCGUCGUCAGCUGGCCAUCUCUCCGUGGUGGAAUUCCUCCAUCACGCUCGUGGAGAAGGCUGCACUUCCCGUGCUCUCGACGACGCUGCUUCAGCGGGACAUCUCGAUCUCGUCCGAUUUCUGCAUGCACACACUUCCGGCGGGGCCACGGUGCGAGCUUUGAACGGAGCCGCAGCUCGCGGGUUCGUCGAAGUGGUGGCCUUCCUCCACUACCACCGCGCGGAAGGAUGUACGACGAACGCCAUGGACGCUGCCGCGACGAACGGACACCUUGCCGUAGUCCAAUUCCUUCAUUUCAAUCGCCACGAAGGAUGCACAGACGCGGCCAUGGACGGUGCGGCGACAAAUGGUCACUUGAACGUGGUUGAGUUCCUGCACGUCCACCGAAGAGAAGGCUGCACGUCGUUGGCAUUUGACGGAGCCGCCGGACGUGGCCAUCUCAACGUUGUUCAAUGGCUCCAUGCGCAUCGCUCGGAAGGCUGCACAACUGACGCGAUGGACGAUGCCGCAACGAACGGUCAUCUCGACGUCGUUGAAUGGCUGCACGCCACGAGAUGCGAAGGUGGCACCGACGCCGGACUGCGUGAGGCCAAAGAACGCGGCCAUGAUGCGGUUGUAGCCUUCCUUCAGACAAAUUGCAUGCCAACGACGAGUGUGCCACGACAUGCCAUGGACUUUUUCCCGAUGGCAGUUUGGCCUUUUGACCACGAUGACCACAGCGACACCAGCGACAACGAGUGGACGAUCGAAGGGCGUGGCGGCUGAGGCCACGAGCUCCUAGCUGCAGCAUAUCACGUGUGAUCAAGCUCAGGGCAGCUAUGCCCGUUCGUCAGUUCAGAAGUGAGCUCGACUGCUCUCUGGCACACUUG